UCUGCCUGAUGGAGAUGAACCAGGAUGAACUGGCCGACACACUGUGGGGCGGAUCUGAUGCUGUCGAUUGCCAACAAAAAAUCAAGUCUCAUUUGAGGCAGAAGUUUAGUUGUGUGUUUGAGGGAAUCGCCAAAGCAGGACAGCGAACCGAUCUGAAUGACUUCUACACAGAGCUCUUCAUCACAGAGAGAGGCAGUGGAGAGGUCAACAAGGACCAUGAGGUCAGACUGAUUGAAACAUCUUCCAGGAAACAAGCUAAGGAGGAAACACCAAUCAGAUGUGAGGACAUCUUUAAACCCUUCCAUGGAAAAGAUCAAGCAAUCAGGACAAUAAUGACAACUGGAGUGGCCGGCAUUGGUAAAACCGUCUUAACACACAAGUUCACUCUGGGCUGGGCUGAAAGCAAAACCAACCAGGACAUACACUUCACAUUUCUCCUCACUUUCAGAGAGCUGAAUUUACUGAAAGGGAAAGAGUUUAGCUUGAUGGAGCUGCUUCAUCACUUUUUUAUUGAGACCAAAGAAGCAGGAAUCUGCAGAUUCCACCGGUUCCAAGUUGUCUUUGUCUUGGAUGGUCUGGAUGAGUGUCGACUUCCUCUGGACUUCCAGAACAACCCGAUCUGGACUGAUGUCAAAAAGUCCACCUCGGUGGACGUGCUGCUGACAAACCUCAUCAGGGGCGUCCUGCUUCCCUCCGCUCGCAUCUGGAUAACCACACGCCCUGCGGCAGCCAAUCAGAUCCCUGCUGAGUGUGUUGACAUGGUGACAGAGGUGAGGGGGUUCACCGACCAACAGAAGGAGGACUACUUCAGGAAGAGAUUCAGAGAGGAGUCGCUGGCCAGCACAAUCAUCUCCCACGUCAAGAAAUCACGAAGCCUCCACAUCAUGUGUCACAUCCCAGUCUUCUGUUGGAUCACUGCUACAGUUCUGGAGGACAUCCUCAAAAAAUCCCAGAUCGAAGAGAUGCCCAAGACCGUGACUCAGAUGUACAGCCACUUCCUGAGGGUUCAGUCCAUACAGGGGGACAGGAAGUACCAUGGGAGGGCUGAAACAGAUCCAGACUGGAGCUCAGAGAGCAGGGAGAUCAUUGUUUCGCUGGGAAAACUGUCUUUUAACCAGCUGGAGAACGAUGAACUCUUCUUCUCCGAUGAUGAAUUCAGCUUUGAUGACGAUGAACUCCGCUCCGAUGAAGAUGAACUCAUCUCCGAUGAAGAUGGACUCAUCCUCUUCUACCAGAGUGCUGUGGACAAGGCCUUGCAGAAGGAUGCCUUAAAGGACCAGAGAACCACGGGGCUGGGGUCCCGGCGCGGGGGGGUGGCGGCGGCCGUCCCCCAGGGGGGCCCCAACACCGAGCUCUGCAUGUGGUCCGAGUCCCACCGCCACCUGGACGGCAUCCCCCGGAACCCCCACCACCUGGAGAGGGGGCAGAAGGCCGCCCGCUGUGGGCCGGGUGAUCGGGGCGGCCUCGGACCUCGGAGGCAGUAUUCGUAUGGCCUGUUUCUUCAACGGCCGUGA